GUGCCGAUGCCGGGCCGGGAAGCCUCGGCUGCCCUCAGUCCAGCAGGAUGGAGCUGUGGGGGCUCUGGAGAAGCGGCAGCCCCGAGUGUCGCGUGUGGCGAGGGCUGUGCUGAGCACCCAGCGCUGGCAAUGAGGGGCCGCUGAGGCGGGUCCGGGACUGCUCCUGCCAUCAGUGACUAAAGGCGCUCGGCAGAAUUGCAGCCAAAGCAUCCGGCGUGCUGAAGUGUCUCAGUUAACAGCGGUUGCACAGCUCAGGUUAUUUGCAGACUAUGGAAGGAAAUUACACUAAUUGAGAGGCGUAUACAGUAUUUAAGCACUGAGCAGAAGCUUAUUUUUUAUUGAGAGAUGAGCCUCCGAAGUCACUGCAGGUAACUUAGAAUAGAAAUGCCCAGUGGUGCUUCUACUUCUCUUACUGGAUGAAAGCAACUUGGAAGCUGAUUUGCAGUGAAUAAUCAGUGAAGACACACAGCAUUUUCUGGAAUAUUGCAUGAUCUCAUGAUGAAGAUCUCUCUCCUGCAGCAGAUGUAUAAGGAUGUCCUGGCAGGCAUUCCCCUAGCAAAGGAAAGCCAUCAUUAUUCCUCUUUAAUUAAUCUGUGUGUUGAGCAGCCACCAGGAGAUGAACGCUGUCAUCAGAAGCCUCUGCCACCUACUGCUGGUGGGGUUGGGAGCCAUCAGGACACUGAUACCUCAGAUGUUGUCCCUGCAGCAGAUGAUUUAUCCAACAGCUUUGCAAACAUGAGCUCCUCGUUCUGCCCACGAGAGGUGAUGCUGCUCCAGCUCACCUUGAUCAAAAUGAUGGUGGCAAAAGCAGAGUCCCAGGAAAUUGAACCCCACACAAGACAGAAGUACUGUGAAAUCUUUGUUCUUCUGAAGGAGGCAAAAAUUGACUCAAAAUUGAUUCACCUGCUUGGUUGUGAUGAUCGGCUGCUAUCUCACAUGGCCUCACAAAGUCUAGCAUCUCUUGUGUAUUUGCAGCUGAAGGAAGAGGACGCCUUGAAUGUCCCGUGGCUCAGCUUUAGCCUGAACACGCUGUUGGGGUUCCCCGGGAGUGCCCGGGUGGCCGAUUGCCUGCGGACUCUGGCUGCGGUUCUCAAGGAGACGCUGAAGGACGCGCUCGUACCCGGAGCAGGGGUUCUGAAGAAGCUGUUGGCUCCACUUGAUGCGGUGCUUGAGGGAUUUUAUAAUGCCAUCCUGCUCCAUCAUUUUGACAGUCACCAGUACACUUCACCUUAUUCUGAAGCUACAAACAAUCUGAUCAGUUUUAUAGAUCUGCUUGAAGCACUCUUGGCUUCCAGAAUUGAACUGGAUUUACCGCUCAGGUGCCAGAGAAUUUUAUUUUUGAAAGUUUCUUAUGUCCUCAACGUUAUUAGCUCAUCAAUUCCUUAUAUAAUCAAGAAGAAAUUCAUUUUGCUUCUUAAAAAAUGUGUCCUUUACAAGUCCAGAGAAGAUGCUAAAAGUGGUUCACUGUUCUUACAAGCCCCAUCUUUGUGUGAGGAUAUGCUUGCACUGAGUAAUGCUGUUCUGCAGGUUGUGAAUUUGACUUGGCUUAAUCAGAUCCCACUCAGUGGAAAGUCCAGCUACUUUGGAAGCAGUGAAGCUGCUCCAGGACAUGAUUCUCAGGGUACUUCUGACCAAACUGUUCUCAGAGCCUUAAGUCUGGUUUUGCUUAAAGCACUGGAAUUCAAGAUUCACAACUCUGCAACAGAAGCAGAAAUCAAAGGAGACGUUGAGAGUUCCAUGUCCCAGCUGUUGGUGUUCUGGAGGAGUCAUGUAAAGCCUUCCCCACAGUCUCACCCAGUUGUGCAUCACUGUGAAUGGCUCUCCUUGGUUUUCAUGGAGCAAGAUGAUGACAUGUGGGAAGCUGCUAAAGCUUUAUUACUCAUCUAUUUAAAAUUUGAUAGGUUGCGGUGUGAUGCUGCUGAUAACCCAAGCCAAAAAGAAGAGGAAUCCUGGAAGUUCCUUGUACAUGCAGGUGGAUAUAACCCACACUGUAUCUUUUUAUUUUUUCUGGAAAAGAUUGCAUUUGAUUCCACAGUACUUCUAGAUUUUUUGAUUUCAUCAGAAACUUGCUUUCUGGAGUACUUGGUCAGGUACUUAAAGCUUCUUGGGAAGGAGUGGCAUCAGUUUGUAGAUGUCUGUAACCAUUUCGAUACCAGGCACAGCACUUUCCACACAGUUUGUUCUGUCAAGCCCCCUGACCAAGAAAAGCAAAGCUUCGUGACUGGGGAGAGUUUGCAAAAUGCUGUUAGUGAAGCAGAAUCACAGACUCCGAUGUCUUUGACUCCUUCUCACAACUGCCCGGUGUUUACAGCACAGCGAGGUGAUAAUGAGGCUGCAGAGUGGAACCAGUCUGACUCACUGACCACCACUGAUAGCACGUCCCUGCUUGGUUCUCUUCAAAGCCUGGUUAAUUAUGACAGCUCAGAGGACUCAGAGGUGGAAUCAGAUGGAAAAGAGUGCUUGGUAAACACAAAACAAUUGCCUUCAAACAAUGAGGGUGAGGUGAGGAGGAGGGAAACUGGUUGCAGCUGCAGAGAUGAUGACCUGAAUCCACGCACAUCUGAAGUGUCACCUCUGAAACUGAAGGGAUGUCGUACCUCAUCCUGUCGGACUUGUAUGGCAUCUUCAGAUAACAUUGCUCCCCUAAGAGUAAUGCUUUGCAAAUCAACAAAGUGCUUGGAAGAGCUGCAAGAGGCUAUUUCUAGGUUGCAGAGAAGAAAUCUUUUCCCAUAUAAUCCAUCUGCAUUGUUGAAACUACUGAGCCAUGUUGAGAAGAUGAGUAAAUCCAUGAAUCUGCAGUAAUUCAAAGUGUUCUUGUGGGUUUUUUUUAACAAAUUCACCAGGGAAUAUUUCCAUGAGAUUAAUGACUUCUAAAACUCAUGCCUCUUCACUAGUCAGUGCAUUUACCUCAGGCAGGGUAAACAUGGAUUUGGUUGGCACCCUAAAAAUCUGGAAUUGCAUCCAGUAAUAUGAUCCAUGACCUGAGGUUCCUAAGCGCAUUCAUGAUGUGUAUGUCAAUGUCCAGUAAAUAAGGAUUAAUUUUUGGAUAUUCCACAUUUUAUAAUAAUUCAUGUGAAAGCAUUUUAAAAUACAUGACAUUUAAAGUAUUGUCAAUUAUA